GGGCCAGCAUGGUGGAGAAGCGCUGCCCGCGGCUGCAACGCGAGAGCGUCUACCGCUGGUUCUCGGAGCUGCCUUCCCCGCAGCGGGUGGAGUUCCUCUGCGGCCUGCUGGACCUCUGCAUCCCGCUGGAGCUGCGCUUCCUGGGCGCCUGCCUGGAGGACCUGGCCCGCAAGGACUACCACUCGCUGCGCGACUCCGAGAUCAAGGCCAACAACGCGGCCGACCUGGGCGGCCUGACCAACCUGACGGACGAGGUGGUGCGCAGCAAGCUGCUGGUCUCGCUGGCGCUGCUGGGCUCGUCGCACCGCGAGGCGGCCGGCGUGCUCUUCCGCACCCUCACGCACCUCGACUCGGUCAUCCACAACUACGGGCUGCAGCUCAACGAGGGCCGCACCGGCGAUGAGUUCCUGCUGCUCUUCACCAUGGCCUCCAACCACCCGGCCUUCAGCUUCCACCAGAAGCAGGUGCUGCGGCAGGAGCUGACCAAGAUCCAGAGCCUGCUGGCCUGCACCGCCAAGGGACCCCCCGCCGCCAACGCCGCCCCGGGCACGGCCGCAGCGGCCGCCACCUGCCCUGGGUGCCACAAGGUCACUCCGAGAUCUGAGACCCCCAUAAACCACGUGGUGGGUAACAGUUUAGAGAAUGCACUCCACACAUCAGCACAUUCCAUUGAGGAGUCAUUGCCUAAGAGGCCUUCAGGGAAGCACUCCAAAGUGAGCGUGGAAAAGGUGGAAUUAAAGGGAUUGUCACACAAGAAGAAUGAUAGGAUUGCUGAAUAUUCUUUUGAGGUCUUAUGGUCCGAUUCCUCAGUGACCGUGGUAACAAAGUCUUCUGCCGAAGUGACCGAUUUCAUUUCAAAGUUAGGUCAGUUGUGCCCAGAAGAAAAUUUGGAGAAAUUCAUUCCUUUUCUAACUGGUCCAGAUUCAUUUUACUUAGAAAGAAGCCAUAUGGACUUGGAAUCAGACCUUAGGUAUUUGGCAUCCUUACCAUCCCAUAUCUGGAAAAAUGACCACGUCAAGAAAUUUUUCAGCACUUCAUGUCACUCCCCACAAUAUCAAAGUUCAAGUCCCAGCAAUUCUUCCCUUUACAAAGUGGGUACGAUGCUGGGUGCUUCUGGAAGGCCCGUCUGUGGGGUUGCAGGUGUCCAGGCCGCCCAGAAUAGCCUUCAGCAUCACCUGCCCCAUCCGUCCGCAGCAGCCGUCGCCCUCUCCCACUGCUCUCAUUCAGGCGGGGCCGGACCCACGUUAACCUGUAGCCGCGGCCAGAUGGAAAACCCUUCCCCUGUUUUGAUGGCUCCAAGUCCGCAAAACCCUCAGGCCCAGGAGCAGAAUGGGAUUUUAGACUGGCUGCGAAAACUGCGCUUGCACAAAUACUACCCGGUUUUUAAGCAGCUGACGAUGGAGAAGUUCUUGAGCCUCACCGAAGAAGAUCUUAAUAAAUUUGAAACACUCACCAUGGGAGCAAAGAAGAAACUCAAGACCCAGCUGGAAUUGGAAAAAGAAAAGUCAGAGAAGCGGACCAUGAACCCAGCCCCCUCCCCAUCCGUCAGCUCUGGGGUGGCCAGAGUUCCUCCCACCACUCACAUCAACCCCAUACAGAACAUUCGUGGGAACCAUGCCACAGAGCUGCACGUGGACGUGGAUCAGGCGGUCUCCACCAUGCCCCCCCGUGAAGGCAGUUCCUCGGAGUCCUCCAGCUCGUCCUCCAGCCCCAUGGGCAUGCAGCCCCGGGAAGAAAGCUCGGACAGCGCCGAGGAGAAUGAGAGGCGUGUGGAGAUCCACCCGGAGCCCCCGGAGAAGGAGAAGCCGGUCAUGAUCCUGAAUCACUUCGGCUCCAGCUCGGCCCGGCCCACCGCUCAGGUUUUGCCCGUACAGAACGAGGCGGGGUCUAGUCCGACGGCUCACCACCCCUUGCCAGGACAGAUGACGGCCGCUCCGAUUCGAAUAUUAAACUCUAUGCACAAACCCGAGCGUGGAAAUGCCGACCUGAAGCUCCUUUCUUCCCCUAUGCACUCGCUUUUACCUUUAGAGGACAGGACAAAGUUCUCAGGCGGGCCCACUCAGAACAGCGUCAAGAUGGAGAAGAGCUUUGGAAACGCCCUGGCGGAUCGCAUUCCGGCGCCUCCGCAUCAGCCCCUCCAGGUGCUCUCGGCGGUCCCCGAAAACGGCCCCUCCGCGCCUUCCAUUCAUUUCGGGCCCCGAUCCAAAUUGGUCCACGGGCCCACACUGGACCGAAUGGUGAAACCGUCCCAGCCCCCGGGCAUCCUGGCGGAAACCAGCACCACGGCCCCCGUCACCUCGAGCACGGUCUUCCACAUGGCACGCCCCCCCAUCAAGCUGCUGGUCUCCUCCUCCGUGCCCACCGAUGCCGCCCUGGCGGGGCAGCCGUCCUGCUCCAACAGUAUGCAAUUCAGCGUCUCCCCAGCAAUAAUCAGCCCUCGGACGGCUCUGUACACCGCCAACACCAAAGUGGCCUUUUCCGCCAUGAGCGGCAUGCCGGUGGCCCCCAUGCCCAGCAGCACCUUCUGCGCAAACAGCAACCCUGCCGCGUCUUCCAGCAGCCACCUGGCCACCUCCUUCGCCAACGUGGGCAGCCUGCCCAGCUGCCCCCCUCCCAGCUCCAGCCCCACCCUGUCCUCGGCUGCAGAGAACAGCUUCUACGGCGGGGGAGGCUCCACAGGGAACAUGCCUGUCCCCAACCCGAGCAACCACCAUCACCACCACCACCACCAGCAGCAGCAGCAUCAGCAGCAGACGCCCGGCUGCAUGGUCUGCAGUUCCUGCGGCUGCAGUGGGAACUGUGGCUCCAGCGGCAUGACUGUGAGCUACACGAACUACUUCCAGCACCCCUUUUCAGGGCCGUCCAUGUUUACGUUCCCCUUCCUGCCCUUCAGUCCUCUGUGCAGCAACGGCUACGUCAACCCCCAGCAGUACAGCAGCAGCUCGGCCUUCCCCAUGGUCCACUCUCCAUAUGGUGGCGGCCCCACGCCGGACUCCCUCAUGAGCGGACAGUCCACCUUUGCGGUGCCCCCCAUGCAAAGCUUCAUGGCCGGCACCGCAGGGGUGUACCAGGCCCAGGGGAUGGUGAACAACAGUGGGAGCUCAGGACACAAGAAGCCCGGGAACCUCUCCUGCUACAACUGUGGAGCCAGUGGCCACCGAGCUCAAGACUGCAAGCAGCCACCGAUGGAUUUCAAUCGACAAGGUACAUUUCGGUUAAAAUACGCUCCCCCGGCUGAGAGUUUAGAGUCCACGGACUGAGCUUAACUUCAGAUGCAAUAUUUUGUGAUGGCAAAAUGGCCAUGAAAUAACUAGGGAACUUCAGAUUGGGAGUCUAUCUGUUGAGCUUAUUAAUGUUAUUUUUUUAAUCCAAAGGUGCUCUACUUCAACCCUAGGAAGGAACUGAAACACUAGGAAGGGGGGGCAGGGGGGCUUCCAAGCCCAUUUUUCCCCUCCCCCUGAAUUGCCAAAACAGAUUUUAACGUUGGAUCUCCCCGAAGAGAGGCGAGACUGGCCAACUGUCUUUUCUUGUUGUAUAGAAACUGCUGCACUUUUGCCGAAGAAUGUUGCCAUAAUUUCACCUUCCAUGCUGGAAAAUUAAAACUCCUGGGCAGCUACAUUAGAAUCUGGAGUUGGAGUGAGAGCCAAAGGCCGGUGGUGCAGCUGCUGCCAUUCACCUGCCAGACUCUUAACCUCGGAAGCUAGUUAAAACAUAUCUCCUUCCCCCCCGCCCCUUCCUCUCAAAAUAAAUCAGGCACUACACUCUGGGAUUUUAAAGGGUUGCACUACGGAAGAAUGUAUAAUUCUGUUCUGACUAUCUGCACUUCUAGCAAACUGAGGUCAGGGGAAGAGAUGUUGGGAACAGGCACCAGCAGGCUACACGGUCGUCUAAUAAAGGAAAAAAACUUAACCCUCUUUUUCUUCCCAAAGAACAGAGGUGAAUAUGCUUCGUUCUGGAAACAGUUACACCAUGUUGGUCAGCGAUUCCUCUUAAUGUAGGACUAACUUACCAGUGGUGGGUUAAACUUAAGUCUCCAAGGGUCUAGUGCCAGAGACUCCAUGGUAUUUUUUUUUUAAUUACAAUUUAAGGAAGUGUUAACAAUUCAGCGGUUUCUGCCAUAGGAAAUGGUGUUCUGCAUCUGUAAUAAAUUUUAAAAUUCAGACUCUUCCAGGAAUUUGUUGGGUUUAGAAGGCACAGCGUCAAAUACAAAUUACAGUAGCAUACCGUUUCAUUACUUAGGAAAGUUUUAUAGUUUUGACUCUUUCAUUCAAUGUGGGCUAUAAAAAAAUUCAGCUUUGGUAGCUAAGUAACAGCCAGUAGUGCUUAUCCAAAGGGGUUCAAACAAUGUGGAUUUUUACCUGUCAGAAGCAACGUUUUUUUAGAAUUCAUUCUCCCUGCUGCGCUCCUUGCUUCAUCAUCUGGGCUGCCUCAACUUUGAGUCAUGUAGGACAGGAUUGGCUGGGUCUCCACAUUUUUUAAUGUGCUGCUUUGUAGUAGAAAAGAGGCUCCGCUCUGAACAGCAGGAGUGGCCAUGUUAAAAACCGCACUCUGCUUUCUGCAAAGCGGUGGUGAAUUCCACUCCUGGGCUGGUCUAUUGUCUUGGACGCUGGUUGAUAUUCCAACAGGCCUGCAUCUGAUAUCCGUUAUUUCUAUGCAAUGGAGUAUUAUUCAGUUUCCAUCUCCUCACUUCGGCUUCACCAAAACAGGGUUAGAUGGGUGUGAGACAAGACUUGCGUUAGCUGAACUUUAUUCACUCCGAUAAUAACAGAGCUGCUGUUAAAAUCAGUGUAACGUGUGCAAUUCAUUUUGUAGUGCCCUGAAUGAUUGAGGCUGCUGCUAUACAUGGUCCCCUGUUAGGAAAAUUUAAAAAAAAACUGUAUUCAAAGUGGAUGGGAACUCAGCAAUUUAUGUGGCCUUAAUGAUCUUGCCAUGAGUAGAAGCAACCUGUUUUGGUUAUUACAUCUUUCAGUAUGUUUACUCUUAAAGCUGAAAAUACUUCUAGUAGUUUGAAAUACAUGCUAAGAGCCAAAUGUCCAUUUAAAAAAUGGAAUCCUACCAUCCCACAAGGUUAGCAGAAUAAAAACCUUAUUGGUUUACUUAAAUGGGAAGCCUCUAGAAACUUGUGUUACAUCUGUGCAGUUUUAAAAAUGUGAUUUUCUUUCCCAUGGAAAAAGAGAACCGCUUUGAUAAUUGCAGAGAAAAUGCAGUGGAAUCCCCAGAAGAAAACCUGACCUGACUUUUGUUGGUUUCCCUCUGAAAGUAUUAGGUUUGUCUUGUAGUUCUCCAUUCAUAUUCUCCACUCUUCAGAAGGGGUUGGCAGUUUUUCAUAUAGGAAUAGAUGCCCACAGCAGGCCCCUCACAGGCAAGAACAAUUAAAACACUUUCUUAGAACAUACUGACUGCGUGCCUCCGUUUUGGUUGCAACUUUGCACUGAAGGACUUGAAGGAAUGUGACUCAAUUCAUGUUAACAAAAACAGCACAUCAUGCAGGAUUGCCCCAAAUCCUGGCCUGACUAUUUUCAUGACUGUACUGUAGGAUACCUGCCAGGUAUGGGGUUUAAUUAACGAGAACCUAAUGGAGCACUACAAGACUCUGAGCUAGCCUCCGAUUAAGAGAGCAGCUUUCUAAUUUCUGUUGAAAAUGAUGCCUUCCAUAUCGUCCUGAAAUCAACCUAGAGGAAAGGCUUUAGCAGAGGCACUUCAUUUUAAGGCCAACAUGACCCUAAAAUGAUCAGAUUCCUCAUGCUAGCUGAAGGUGCUUUUGUUACAGACAAGUAGACAUAUCUGCACCCUCUUAUUAAUGGGCUCCACCUGGAAGCAGGAAUUAAAGAAGCCAGCAAUUCAGAAAGCUACCACGAUUCGCACCGCUCUCCGUAAACUGAAUUCUAACUGUUAAUAGGAAACAUUUAUGUCCCCAAAUGGCAGGUUAACAUGUUUUCCAGUUAUAACUUUCCGUUUGGAGCAAAAGGGACGCCUUUUGCCCGUUUCGAGCCAUUUCUUUUAACUCCUAGUAUUACAAAAUGUGCACGAAACUUUAUAUAAAUAUCAAAAAGUUUUGUAAAUAUUUAAUAUUUACCUAAUAUGAUUUUCAACUGUAAAUGUCAAGUAUUCUGGUAUUGGGAUUUUUAUGUUUUAUUAUACUUUGUUAAAGGUAAAAUUGUACAUUUUUAGAAUGUUUUUAUCCGAGUAAAUUUAAUGUACUGAAAAAUAAAUAAAAGACCGCAGUGUCUUUCCAGUUAUCCUCAUUGAUGUGGGUUUUUCCCCGCCCCCUCCCGUUGAGGCUAAAGAUGAUAGCACUUGGCCACAGACUGGCAGAGGGCAUCUUCAGAAGUGGGAAUUGUAAGCAAACCUCGCUGGACUUGGGAGUUGCUUUCUGCAGGAGAAGGCAAGGCCAUGCUGCAGCCUGAGCUGUGCCGUAACCCAGCGGGUGCCCCCAACCCUUUGGGCACCAGAGAAAUAUGCCAGGAUGUAUUUUUUCACAGACUGGGAGAGGGGGAAGAGGAUGAGGAGGGCUUAACCUAGAUCCCACGCAUGCAGCUUUGCUCGCUGGCUCCUCAUCUCCAGUUCUCUGGCAAUGUUCCUAACAGGCCACGGCCAGGAAUUGGGGGCUCUGCCGUAAUCCACUCAACAGGCCUGUCCUUCCUUACACGGCCUUGGGAGCCCAAUUUUUUCUUGCUGCAUUGAAGUCGUGGCUCAGGAAUCCCACCCAGCAGCAACGGUGACCCGGGAUUCGAGCAGUCCUGGUUCCAAGCAACCGGGCCAGAGGCAGCUGCGCCAAUUUCCCAGUGCUGUGUUAUAUAACAACUGGGUUUCAAGGUUCAAAAAGUCCACAACCACAUCCAUUCAACUGCCACCCACAACAUAACAGAACAGGGCCAGGUUUUGGAUGGGCUUCUUUAAAACAACCUUGCAACCAGGGUAAAUCCCACUGCAGGCAUCUAACAUUUAACAUGUAGGUAGGAUGCCAUAUAACACCAUCCUACCUGCACAUCCAUAAAACACAGUAAAUUUACAUUUCUGAAGAAUCCAAAGGGCCACCUGAAAUAUUUCUGCAUAGGACACGACGACAAAAGAAAAUUCAGUCAAUGUGCAGCAGGUACAAAGUUGUAGCAAUCGAAUGCACACACACACACGCUUGGUCAUCUUAAGAUACAGUCUAGACUUUAAUAAAGUGAAAUUUGGUUCAGUGUGAAAAUUAAAAUGGAAGGAAACCAAGGUUUUCAGUUAUGGAUGCAACGCAGAUUCAAUCUUGGUUCCACCUGUCCCAGUUCAAGAACUGGGCGGGUAAAAAGAGGAAGAUACAUAGGCGUGCA